UUACAUUAAAGCAACACUUCAAACAUUAUAUAUAGCAUACAUUAUGGCACCCCCCAAUUUGCAUCUCUCUCAUUACCUUACUUAUAGUUUACACACAAUAGAGAGAGAGCGCUUGCUAAUGGAAUCCUCCAUCAGGUUUUUUAGAGUGGGCUUCCUUCUGCUAUCACUUGUCAUGACAACUGCAGAAAGUAGGCCAGAUUGCUAUAACGAUGUAUGCACUACUGAGUGCACAAAAAAAGUGGGUUAUACUGUUAACGGGUGUUGCUCUAAUGACGAAUGUUUCUGCAUUUGUGCCAAUACUGAUUGUUCAGAGGUUUUUCCCCCAGCAGGAGGGAAAGGUAAACCAGAGUUGUUGAUCAGCCAGGUUUAGGGCAAUACAUCUGAGAUUACCGCCCAGUGACAUUUUCUACUUAUAAUCGAUUUUCAAUUGGAGGAUUGUCCUGCAGUUUUUAUUGGCUUUUAAUAAACUAAAAAAAAAAAAAAAAAUGUAGUUAAAGGGCUAUCGCUCUCUCCAUAAAUAAAUCAAGAGCCAGUGGCUGUACGCA